AUGGUUGAAUUCAGCAACUAUAAAAGGAAGCUAGAGGAGUCCAUUGACUCAGUACAGCUAAUAGGAGCUAACCACCAAACCAGACUCACAUCUGGUUAUACUGCAAACAGAGGAGAAGCACCACCAGAGGUCAUCAAGGUCAACAUGCAAAAUCUGGACUAUAAAAUUCUUUUAAUUUUGUUCUUCUUUUUGCACCUUUCCUGUCUCUGUGAGGGGCGCCCACAUAGGAAAAGAACAGUAAGUGAGGUACAGCUUAUGCACAACCUUGGCGAGCACAAGCAUGUGCAAGCUCGGCAGGAGUGGUUGCAGACGAGGCUUUGGGGCAUCCACACGGCCUCAGCUCAGGACGGCAGAAUGGAGGUGGACCAGGUGAGGAGCAGCGAUGUGAAUGGAUCACCGCUACAAUUGGAGGACCUACCUGAUUUGACAUCAGAAGAGAUCCAAAAUGCUUUAACUUUCUUGGAGAAGCUUCUUAAGUCAAAGCAGUCUUGAUUUUGAUUGAUAUGACGGAUAUAUGUUUUUACAUAUUUUCAGGUUAUUUCAGGUUAUUUAACUUUUCUGAAUGUCAAGGUUGUUUAUUUUAUUUGAAUACACUUGUUUUAUUUAUUUUACAUUUUCUUAAUUUAUUUGAUCUUAAAUGUAAUCAAAUUUAUGGCAUUAGCAAAAGGGCAUGUGACUGAAUGAGCAAAACUGUUGUGUAGUACCUAUGCGCUUUUGUCUACUCAACAAGUACUGCUGUAAAGCACUAUUACAGCUAUUUAUUUUAAUUUAUCAAACUAAAUUUAAUUUGAUUAAAAAACAUUUCAUAAUAUGAUCUGGAACAAUAAUGUAUCUAGCAUCUAAAUAUGCUUGUUGCCCAUAUCAACAAACAUAUAGAGAUGAUGUAUAGAUGUAUAACUUAUAAAUGAGUAUAACCUAAAUUAAUGAAAGUUCAUUUUGUUUUUGUAUUAAAUUUUUUACUUGUGCUUUGAAAGAUGUCGCCUUGUGUGACCCAGGUGGAACACAACGUCUUGUGCAUACAGUAUGUGAGUGUAUGGGACUGUUGUGUCAAGAUGUUCCAUGUAAUUUCUGCUUGCUGUCACGAUCUGGGUUUUGUGUCUAGUUGUUUCCGGUUUUAUUUUGGUAAUCUCCCGGUCUCUGUUUUUGGUUUGAGCUUUACUUCCGGUUUUUGUUCUUCUCACAGCUGUUCCCUGUUAGUACCGGUCCGCAUUAUCCACACCUGCACUUCAUCGGCUAUUAGUUCACUUUGUAUUUAACCACCACCUUUGUCCUCGGUUCCCCGCCAGAUCGUUGUUUGUGUUUCUUCAGUGUCCCAGUUUCAUCAGCGUAUUCGAGUUCCAUGAGUGUAUGUAUGUUUCAUCGCCUGACCCUGGACUGCUACUGACCGUGAGUUUGUCUCAUCCCUGCCUGUACUUUUGCUGAGCCUCUUUGUGUACGAACCCUGCCUGGACAUUGGACUCGAGAUUGCCUGCUCCCCUUGUUACUGCUUUUAGUCCUCCCGUGUAUGACCUGGACCGUUUGACCGUGCUUUGGAGAAUAAACUUUCUUUUGAUCAUAA